CUUGUGCCUAAUGCCUAAGCCGAGUAGUAAGCUCGUUCUCGUUCAGGUGCAGAAGGGUUGUGCUGUGCUGUGCGUUCAUCAAAAUCCGAUGGCUCUAGAAGCUUUCGCAGACGGAAACUCUGACAAAGUCCACACCGACGUUCUCACAAAAGCUAGGGAAGAUUGUUACAAGGCACGUGAUGCAUUCUACGCGUGCCUGGAGAAGGAGUGUGAUAAGAAGCCGACGGAGAUUGCAUCGGUGGGUUUGCUCUACCCGGUGGAAUGCAAGCAAUCAAGGGAUCAAUUUGUUAAACAAUGCCGUUCUUCUUGGGUGAAACACUUUGACAGGCAGUACUGCCAGAACAAGAGGGUUCAGAGGCUUCUCGAUGACAAUGCCUCAAGAAGAGGGGUAUAAUAUUGACUCACUGUCUUGGCCCCUGUCCAAGAUGGGUGAUGGGUGGAUGUGGAAUACUCAUCUAUCUCUGUUGGUUGCAAACCGGGUUCUAGAAUUGGUCGAACCAUUGUUUGGAAGUUGGAACUUAAGCACUGUCCGUGUUGCUUUACUUCUUUGUGCCUGUAGCAUUGUUUUAUUGAUUAGCUUGGACAUGAUAAUAUGUAUUCAAUCCCUCAAGACUUGUUUUAUAAGUUUACACACACUUCAACAAUUACAUAGUUUCCUCCGCUCGUCAUGGUUCCUGUAAUCCUGUUAUGCUGGCUUUUCUCUGUACUGAACGUUGGAUAUCCAUGCAUCGGUUGAGAGAAAUAGCACAUAUAACAUACAUCCUGGUUCUGUCUUGUAAGCGACUUACUGCAUAGCCUCUUCUUGCAAUUACUAAUGUAUCUCCUUGAAAAGGGUAGCCUAUGUGUCCUGGUUUGAGGCUCUGAAUGACUGAACCAAUGUAAUAGUUAAUAAGAGGAGGCAAUAUUGUUAUGUGUACUUUGAAACUAAUCUUAUAUGACAAAGUGAUCGACCCAUGUUAUACA